AUGGCAAAUCAAGGAAACUAUCCCCUUCCAACAGCAAAGUCUGACAAGAAAGCUGAAGGACAAACAUCCACUGAUCCAGAAGAUAUAGAUGACUAUUCUGAUGAGCAAAUGGCAGUAAUCCAAGCCAAUGCUAAGGCACGAAAUUUGUUAUAUAAUGCUAUCAGUGGAGAAGAAUAUGAGAAAAUUUUAAGCUGCUAUACAGCUAAGGAAAUGUGGGUUAAACUGCAAGUUACCUAUGAAGGAACGAGCAAAGUAAAAGAAACAAGGAUAGAUUUGCUAGUUCAUGACUAUGAGCUCUUUCAUAUGAAAGAAGGUGAAUUCAUUGAAGAAAUAUUUGCACGAUUCAGUAAAAUUAUUGGAGAUCUAAAAGCUUUUAGUAGAUCACGUUCCAGUGAUGAACAAGUUCGAAAAAUCCUAAGAAGUUUGCCCACCAUAUGA